UUAUUUUAGUUUGUUGUAAACUGUUGAGUUAGGUGGUUCUUUUCCGUAAAAUUUUACUAAAUAUCUUGCAAAAUGGCACCUAUUAAAUUCUAUCACAAUUUCUUGAGUGGACCUAGUCGAGGUGUUCUCCUGACUAUUCGAAGCCUUAACUUGGACGUAGAAAUAAAAACAUUGGAUCUACUAAAACAAGCUCAAUUGGCUCCUGAAUUCGUUAAAAUCAAUCCUCAACACACGGUUCCAACCAUUGAUGAUAAUGGAUUUGUUUUGUGGGAAUCACGUGCAAUCGUUUCGUAUUUGGUUUCAGCCAAAGCCCCUGGAAGCUCCCUGUAUCCAACGGAUGUCAAAAAGAGAGCUCUUGUUGAUGCAAGAUUAUACCUAGACCAGAGUCUACAACUUGCAAUGAGUUCAGCUGUGUAUGUCAUAUUCACUGGAGAGGCUACAAAAAUUCCGGUCGAUAAGAAGCAGAAAAUCUUCCAGAUUUUAGAGCAUUUCAAUACAUUUUUGGAGGGACAGAAAUAUGCUGCCGGUGAUGAGUUAACAGUAGCUGACUUAGCUCUUUUGGGUACCAUCUCAACUCUCUACGAACUUGGUGCAAAUGUUAGUAAAUACAAGAACAUCGAUGUUUGGUACAAAAGGCUGGAGUCCAUUCCAGGUCAUCAAGAAAACCUCGAAGGUGCACAGGCUCUGGCACAAUACAUAAUAACGAAACCCAAUUUCAGUUGGGAUGAUUAAUUUUAUGUAUUUCCGGAAAGAAAAUAAAUGAUUUUCCAGAACAUGAAAAGGGGUGGCGAUGUUUAUGAUAUGGAUUACAAAUUAAAUUCUCAUCAACAAUAUACGAUAAUAAAUUAUGUUUAGU